GCCACAGCGACGGACCAGGUGGUCGGAUUCGGUUUGGUCGCCUUCAGCCUCGUCCUCUUCGUUUACUACACGCUCUGGAUCAUCGCACUGCCCUUCAUCGACAGUGACCAUGGGAUCCACCGGUAUUUCUUGCCGAGGGAGUACGCCGUUAUCAUCCCUGUGGUGGCUGGGCUGCUGCUGCUGCUAUUUAUAGGUGUUUUCAUAAUGGUUGUGAUGUGGAAGAGCAAGAAGCCUGCCAAGAAAUCAGACUGA